GUCCCCAUUCCCAUUCUCCGUCGAUCUAUAUCACCUAGGAAGGCUUCGGAUGUGACCGACCAUGGCGGCAAGAGCGAGAUACCUCCUUCCGCCCACCCUCCACACCGGGACCUCCAUAGUCGGCCGUGGCGGGUUGCCUGGGGUGUGGUUCCCCAUCCCGAACGUGGAGGACGCGUGCAUCCAAGAGCUCGGCCGGUGGGCGCUGGCACAACACAUGUGCCUGGCGACCCCUAGUGGGCUACAGUUUCGCCGAGUGACGGGCGGCGAACAACAGGUAAUUUCCGGGGUGAAAUAUCGCCUCGUCGUGGAUGCGGCGGACAACUGUGGCAGGACCAUGCGCUAUCUCGCGGUGGUAUACGAGAAGCCCUGGACCAACACCCGUCGGCUCACCUCCUUCGGGCCGGCGGCCUGCACCUAGUUAGCGUCUGGUUAGUUUCAUCUGCAUUCUCAUCCUCUUUUGUAUGGAGUGCUAAUAAAUGAUCUGUUUUACCGGACAAUCAUGUGGUUUGAACGGUGACUUGUGCUUGCAGUGCAGUUCAUCCUGUCUGGCAAGUAAAAUUGUGAUCAAUUGUUGUAAGAUUGAUUGUGGAAUGGAUGGUUAAUUUGCCAUUUUGA